CCGCGAGGGAAUCGGUCGCCAGUAGUUCCCCGACAGGACUCGACGGGCACUCUGAAGACGACCAUCUCAUUGGGCAAAACGCCAGUCAUUGUCCAUUCGGGACCAUUUUAUCUCAUGAAAGAACCCCCAGCUGAGAGCGAACUGACGGGAAGCGCGAAUCUGUUGCUGAAGAACAGUCUCGAGCACUCGUACAACAAGUUCUCGGGCCGUAAAGUGAAAGACCAGUUGAGCGCAUUCCUGCCCAACCUUCCCGGCAAUAUCGACGUACCGGCCCUUCAGGACAACAGUUCACUUCGACUGCUGUACGAAAAGCCGCCGAUCGGUGGCAAAGAGCUGCUGCCUCUGACCGCCAAUCAAUUGCUGGGCUUUCGACUACACGCCGGACCG